AUGCUGGAACGGGCUAAAGCGGGGCGUAAGGCAACAUCUUCGUCUUGCUUCACAGGAUCAAACUCUGGGCUACAAAUUGGACACAACUAUGGGGAGACCAAUGCGCAUUUUCACUUGCCACUAGCCCCAGAAGAGAGACCGCAGCCCCUUGCCAUGAUCCCUUUUGGUCGCGAUCCGGAUUUCGUGGACCCAGGAUCUCUUAUAGACCGGGUACAUGAGUUAAGCUCUAAGCCUUCGGCCAGACUGGCACUGGUUGGCUUCGGCGGAGUUGGCAAAUCCCAGAUUGCCAUUGAAUACACGUACUGGAUUCGGGAGCGAUUACCUAAAGCUUGGGUUUUCUGGGUCCACGCAAGCGACGUCGUGCGAUACGAGGAGGGCCUCCGUGAUAUCGCAGAGCGUGUCAAAAUUCCACGUCGUCACAACCCAACUGCCAAUAUCUUUCAACUCGUUGGCAGCAAGUUACAUUGCAAGGCACUCCCCUCGGAUUUCUAUAUCACGGUAUCUUCGAAUGUUCCGAGAAAGCAAAGAAGCAAGAACGAGUCUUUUGAAGCGUCAAACAAGGUUGAAACUCCACAGGCUAUGAAUCUCUUGUCCCUGAUGAGCUUUUUCGACCGACAAGGGAUCCCAGAUUAUCUACUGCGAGCAUCAUUCCAGGACGAUGAUCAUGAUGAAACGAUGAGUGAUAUCGACGAAGGCUAUACGCCAUUUGGACCUGCUUAUCAGAAAGAGGAAAGCAUUGAAAAUGCCUUAGCAGAUCCAGACGGCAGCAUUGCUGGCAUGGCCUCUUUCAAUCUGUCGCAGUUAGAUUUCGAGGACAGCAUUGCAACGCUCCAAGACUACUCUUUCAUUUCCACUAAUCCCGAGACUCUCGCCUUCGAGAUGCACGGUCUUGUGCAACUCUCGAUCCAGGAAUGGCUUAGCACCCAAGGAAGGCUCGAGCAUUGGAAAGAGAUAUUCAUCCGAAAUCUAUCUGGAAUUUCCGAAAUUCACCAAUUAUGA